GAUGUAGUUGACAGUCACAUUUUAGAAGAUUACACCACUGUAAUUAUAUGAAUGAGAAAAGUGAAGUGGUUGUACAGUUUCUCUCAGUCUUUGUUUAUAGGUUUUCAGGUUGAUGUAUACUAUGGCUAGGCACUGUUGUAGGUACUAGUAAAAGCUUUAAAAAAAAUGUUUUUUUUCCAGGGAGCUUAAAUUCUAAUUACUAAUUUUAAUGCCCUGUUAUACCCCAUGUGGAACACAGGGAAAGUAAGGAGAUAAUCUUUGCAAUUUUUAUGCUUGGCUUUCUAUUUGUUUUUCACCUUUUUAAAGAGACGCCUUGCUGUGCUAACCCAAGGUAGAUGUAACUCCCAGGCUCAAAGCAGUGCUCUCGCCUCAGCCUCCCUAGCAGCCAAACUACGUGCGCGCCACCACUCCUGGCUCAGAUAUAUUCUUGGUUUCUCUUUUAUAUGGCAGUUAGCAAAGGCCACUUCUGAUAGAAGGACAGGUAUAUGUGGUGAGCGCAAACGCACAUCGAACCUAUAGGUUAAAUGGAGCUGAAGCGGAUCGCUGCAGGCAGGUGCGGGGCCUCGGUGCCCCUCCACCGGCACCCAGGCAGCCCGGGGCGGCACUCGCGUGGGGAGAUGCAAUGCUACUCAGUUGUGAAAUCUGCAGUGCUAGCACUAGAAACCCGGAGGACGCGCGGUACGGCCAGGUUGCUUCCUCGAGGUCCUCCAGUCCCGCCCCGACCCGUCCUGUCUCUUCUUUGUCGCCGUGCGUGCCUCCGGGGGCGGGGCCUAACGUCGUGACGCACUGCGACCGCGUUGCGCCGCGGGUUUGAACGCGGUUCCCGGGGAGACCGCCGCGGGAGUGGUGCGCUAUGGAGCCGAGGGUCGUCAAACCACCGGGGCAGGAUUUCGUAGUGGAGCGUCUCAAAAGCCGCUACGGACUCGGAGGCAGCUGCCCCGAGGAGUAUGAUUUUUCAAAUUUUGAUUGCUCUAAAUGUAAGAGAAGAUCUCUAACCUCCUCAGAUGAUUUGGAUAUCUAUUCCUCUGGAGAUAAAGUUGGUUCAUCAUUAAAAUAUUAUUCUGAUGAAAGCAAGCAUUGUAGAAAACCAUUUUGCAGUUCAUUCAACCAUGUAAAUGUGAAUUGCCUAGGUGAUGAACUGGAUUCUUUCCAUGAUUUGAAGAAACAGGAAAGAGAAGAAGAGUUAAUUGAGAAUGAUCAUAGAGUUAGUACCUCCAAAAUAACCAAGCAGUCUUUUAAAGAAAUAGAAAAAGCUAAUAUGGCCUUAUCAAGACCUCAGACUGAGUGUUGUAGUGAUGCAAGUGACUCUCCUUUGAAACUUGUCAGCUGUCCAAAAUCUAAAGCAUCGGACAAGCAGAGUUUACUUCCACAUCAUGUCAGUCAGAUAUAUGACGAAUUAUUUCAGAUACAUCUGAAACUGCAGUGUGAAACUGCAGCACAACAGAAAUUUGCUGAGGAACUUCAAAAGCGAGAACAUUUUUUACUUGAAAGAGAACAACUGCUUUUCAGACAUGAAAAUGCCUUGAGUAAAAUUAAAGGUGUCGAAGAAGAGGUUCUAACAAGAUUUCAAAUUAUGAAAGAGCAACAUGAUGCAGAAGUUGAACACUUAACUGAAGUUCUUAAGGAAAAGAAUAGAGAAACCAAGAGACUGAGGUCCUCUUUUGAUGCGUUGAAAGAAUUGAAUGAUACCUUAAAAAAACAGUUAAAUGAAGCAAGUGAAGAAAACAGGAAGAUGGAGAUUCAGGCUAAAAGAGUUCAAGCUCGUUUAGAUAAUUUACAGAGGAAGUAUGAAUUUAUGACAAUACAGAGAUUAAAAGGAAGUUCCCAUGCUGUUCAUGAAAUGAAAAGUUUAAAACAAGAAAAAGCACCAGUUUCAAAAACUUACAAGGUACCACUUAAUGGGCAAGUUUAUGAACUUUUAACUCUCUUCAUGGACUGGAUUGCGGAUCAUCAUCUUAGCAAAGUGAAACAUGACGAAUCUGGAAUGGAUGGUAAAAAACCACAACUCAAAUUUGCUUCCCAGAAAAAUGAUAUUCAGGAAAAGUGUGUAAAGCUUUUGCCUCUGAUGACAGAGCAGCUACAGUGGAUGCCAUUUGUGAACACCAAACUUCAUGAGCCUUUUGUAAAAUUUAUAUAUUGGUCCCUAAGGCAGCUAGAUGCUGGAACACAGCACUCGACUAUGACAUCAACAUUGAGGAGAUUGGGUGAAGACAUUUUCAAAGGAGUGGUAACUAAAGGGAUCCAGGAUAGUUCUUUAGAGCAUUCUCUGGAGAAUAAACCAAAGACAGCUGCUUUCUUUAAGAGCUCCAAUUUGCCAUUGAGAUUUUUAUCAACCUUAAUUGUUCUCAAAACAGUCACUCGAGCUGAUUACCUGGCUCAGGCAUUUGAUUCUCUUUGUUUGGACUUGAAGACAGAAGAAGGAAAAACCUUGUUUUUAGAGUAUCAAGCUGUUCCAGUAAUAUUAAGUCAUCUAAGAAUAUCCAGUAAAGGACUCCUGUCUAAUGUUACUGAUAGUUUGCUCCAGAUGACGGUGGAAUCUAAAUCCUUGCAGCCUUUCUUGGAAGCCUGUAGCAACUCUUCAUUUUUUCGUACUUGCUCUGUGCUGCUUCGAGCCCCUAAGCUUGAUCUUCAAAUACUUGAAAAACUCAGUAUUAUUUUACAGAAACUUUCCAAAAUCAAGAGUAAUAAGAAGCUCUUUGAACUUUUUACGAUUCAUCUGAUGCUUCAAGAAAUACAAAGGACAACAAACCCAGAGCAUGCCUUUCUCUGUAUUAAUCUAAAUUCAACUCUGUUCAAUUUGGGUUUAACAAAAUGUAACUCCCUGGUCUCCAGUGCAAGCCAUUAGACUGGCGUAUUUUUUUAAUAUAGUAGAUGUGGUGCUUAUUUAUAAACAUGUAAAAAUUACCAAAGUAACAACAAUUCUACCAAGUAAAGUUAUCAGUAGCAUCAUUCAUCAUGAAAAAUAAAUGAUUUUUUUGAAUUUUACAAAUGAAAUCUGUAGAAGGUAUUGGAACUUUUGGAAUGCUUCAGUUCAAGUAAGGUAGUACUAAUGUACAAGAUGGCAUUUCUAGAAUGUAUGACACUGAUGUUACUUUUUGUAAAAUUAUAUUAGGAAAAUUCUUAAAAUUAUGUGAUGAUUUGGAAUAAAUUUGUGCUUAUGUGAGAACAAG